AUGCUGCUUCCCCAGGCCUUCAUUUCAGCAUUCCUAUUCCUUCUCCCAGCUGCUUCAGGAUCUUUCCCUGAAGUCUAUGGGAUGGGAGGUGACCCUGUGACGCUGCCGUGUUCUUAUCCUGAAUCUCGUGUCCUCUCGUUCGUGUGCUGGAGCCGAGGUGAAUGCGCUUCUGAUUCAUGUGGACAAACCCUUGUCUGGACUGAUGGAAACCGAAUCAACUAUCAGACAAGCAGCCGCUACCAGAUAAACCCGAAGCUUCGUCAAGGAAAUGCGUCCUUGACAAUCGAGUAUGCCUAUGAGAGCGACAGCGGCCUCUACUGCUGUCGAGUGGAAAUGAAGGGAUGGGAUGGUGUGCAGACCCUGACCACCUCACUGCAGGUUCAGCCAGGAAGCAAUUCAUCCAGGACUAAAGGCCUUGCUAUUGGAAUCUCCAUCUUCUUGCUGCUUCUGGUUCUUGUGAGUGGAUUAGUUAUCACAAAUUACAUCCUGAUGAAAAAGAGGCCAGGAUCUCCAAGCUUGGUAGCCUUAUUUGUUUCUAAGGUCAGAACUUUACUAAAUAAAGAGGUUGCGUGA